AUGGCCGCAGGGAUUCUUAGCUGGGACCCUUUUUCGAUCUGCGCGCGUGAAACCACCGAUGGGUUGCGGCAGGAAGAGCUGAGGGAGCUAAGAGGCCUGAAAGCGGCCUUGCAAAAAGACCGGCAAGAGGUUCGAAGGCUUGCAAGGGCCUUACUCAGACGACCGCGGCUUGCCAAAGUAACUGUUCGCUUUAAACGGGCAGGGUCAAACCGGCGAGUAGACAUGGAAGGGACAGCAAACUCCGAGGGAAGGAGCAUCACCACCAGUACAUGGAGCGAUGGAUGCACGCCGACACCGGAACCCGUCUCCCCGCGGAGCAUCGAUGUGGCUGUCAGACAAAAUGUCCAAGGAGAGCCAGACAGUGAACAGAGUCCGACAAGCCAGGAGUCCAGCGAAAGGAAAGGAGAAGACCAGGAUGUCACACAGCUCAACUCAAGUGGUUCUUCGGAGCCAGGUUGCCAGUGGGGCUUAGGAAUGGAUUCUACAUGCAUCAGCGGCGUCGUCAUCCUGCUGAUCGUGAGCAGUAUGAUCCUGCUUGCCUUUGAGGCGGACUCCUGUGCGCGUUACGGGCUGCACGAUAUUCCCGACUCUUUUAUGUGGGCGAAUCUUGUCGUGUUCCUUCUCUUCACCCUUGAGAUGGGUUUCAGGUUGCGCAGAUGUCCACGCCCAGAAGUGCUCUUGGUCUUGGACAUGGUAGUGAUCUUCAUGCAGGCAGUAGAUGUCGGCGUCUCUCUGGUAGCCCGGUUCGCAGCUGGGAGCGAGGUUCGUGCCACGGCUUACUUGCGCAUCGCCCAGUACCUGCGCUGGUUUCGCAUCGUGCGCUGCCUGCAUUUCAUCCCCGCCUUCGCAAGCAUGAAGGUUCAGAUGGACCUCAUCAAAGGGGCCGUGGUGCCCCUCCUUUCCGCAGUGUUCGUGCUGUUCUUCUCGAUCUCCACUGUCGCCACUUUGGUAACGGCAGUGGUUGCAGAGGAUUGUAGGCAGCCGGACGUGGUCGGGCCCUGCGGGGAGCACUUCGAAUCGAUUUGGGAGAGCAUGUACAACGUCUUCAUGGGAACAUUCGGGGGCCUUGACUUUGAUGACCUUGUCAGGCCGAUUCGGUCCGUCAGUCCCCUCGCCUGCAUCAUCAUCAGUGUGUACAUGACUCUGAUCUACUUGAUGAUGAUGACGGUGUUGACGGCUCACUUGUGUCAAAAAGCCGUGGAGACAGCCAGCGCAGAUCAGGUGGAAGGCCGACUAAAGAAGCUCUUCCAGGAGAUAACUGGUGGGAGACAUCGGAUCAGCCUGGACCGGUUUACGGAAGCCUUGAAAGAUCCCAGGAUCAAAGAGCUGUUCGAGCAGCUUGACAUUUCGACGGAGGAUGUCCGCAAGCGAGCUCGCCGUCUUUUUAAGCUGAUCGACAAGAACCAGGACAAGGACGUGGAGGAGAGAGAGUUUGUCCAUGGCAUCAUGCGCCUGCGGGGGCCGGCGAAGAAUCUGAAGCUGUGGGAAGUGCAGUGGGAGAUGCAGAGUGAAUUGUCUCGGAUUCGGCAUGAUCAAAGCCAGAUCCGGCUUGAACAAAGCGAGACGCGUAAGAUCUUGGAAAGAGUGUUCCGCAAGAAGUUAGAACGAUCUUGA